AUGCAAUUUGAAGAAAUACUUGUGAUACUGGGUGAAUUUGGACGAUAUCAGAAGAUUCAGUUUUUUCUGUUGUUUAUUGGCACUAUACCGCUUUGUUGGGUGGGUUUAGCUCCCACGUUUUUGAGUGCCUCGUCUGACCAUUACUGCCGUGUACUGCCUAAUCAGACCUAUCAAGACGACUCUCCGCUAAAAAACUGUACAAUACCUUAUACUGUUGUCGACGACAAAGUAACGUGGAACCAAUGUAACCGAUAUAAUGUAAAUAUUACGUCGUCUUCAAUUCAAUGUUUACCACAUCCAAACACGGCACCAUGUGACGAUGGAUGGGUUUAUGACAAAUCCACGUAUGAAAACACUGUUGUGUACGAGUUUGACCUUGUCUGUGAAAAAGACUGGAUGAAACAAUUGUCCAAAUCCAUGGUUGGUGCUGGUCAGCUGUUUGGAGCUUUAAUUUUUGGACAGUUAGCAGAUAUAUAUGGCAGAAAACCUUUGUUUCUGAUUGGUUUAAUGUUGAUCAUUAUCUUUGGUAUUGCUGUAGCAUUUUCACCGUUGUUUUUCCUCUUUGUGAUUGGUCAGUUCCUUUUAACUGCAUUUGCCAAUGGUGUAUAUCUAACUGGAUAUGUUCUAGGCGUUGAAUUAGUUGGACCAAGUGCUCGGUUGUUUUGCAGUAUGAUGAUGAUGUUAUCCUUUUCUCUGGGAUAUAUCGCAUUUGCUGGUGUAGCGUAUGGCUGCCAUGGUAACUGGAGAAAUAUUCAAUUCAUUAUUGGUGUUGUAUUUGUUCUCUUCAUUCCUUACAUAUGGAUUAUUCCAGAAUCUGUGCGGUGGCUGAUUCAAAAAAAGCAAUAUUACAGAGCAGAAAUUAUUCUACACAAAGCUGCCAAAUGCAAUAAAGUUAACCUUCAACAAAAUAUUUUUGACGAAGAGCAAAAAUUGGAAGAAGAUGAUUCAAUUGUGUUCAGGAGGCAUCACACCAUGUGUGAUCUUUUCAAAACACCCAACCUGAGAUGUAGAACAUUAAAUCUCUGUUUUAAUUGGAUGGCAGUCAGUUUGGUGUACUGGGGGAUAUCACUGAAUACAGAUGAACUAGGUUUAAAUCCAUAUUUGUCUUUCCUGAUAUCCGGUGCUGUUGAAAUCCCUGGAUACUUGCUUUGCUGGAUGCUGUUAGAUACAAUUGGCCGACGAUGGGUGCUAUGUAGCUCUAUGAUACUGGGUGGUGGUUCGCUGAUUGCUAGCGGCUGUGUACCUGUAGAUAUACCGUAUUUAUCACCGUCAUUGGCAAUGGCUGGAAAAAUGUUUGUCACAUCCGCAUUUGGUGAUAUUUAUAUCUUCUCAGCAGAAAUCUUCCCGACAUGUGUCAGACCAGAACAGCUGCACUGGUUUGACGAGGCGUCUGUCAUUCGUACUGCUGGAAACCGGUGUUACGGGCAUACAGAAAUUGGUACACCGGCGACAGAAAUACAGCGGUUUGCGUCUAAUGUUAAUUACACAAUAAACCUGCUUACAAGUAUAUUUGGUGUCGAACAAUCUGAUAUCAUUGUUGGACCUUCCAGUGCUAUAGAAAUGAUGAACUUUUUCUUUGAAGCAGUCAAUGUAGAAGACCACGUUGGAAAUCGUUAUUUGGCACCGGGAUAUUGUGUAAUCAAGUCCAAGUUCAAUGCACUUUGUCCAUCAAUGUUCCAGUUUUCCUAUUCCCUGCUGGAAGAAGGUUUCAUCUUGAUCGUUUAG